UAUCUAAUAUGUAAUACUGUAAUAUGUAUUAUUAAUAAUAUUAAUAUGUAAUAUGUAAUACUGUAAUAUGCUUCUCCUCAGGCGGCCGCCUGGACUAAUAUAUUCAAAACAAAAAUGUAUGUAAUUUGGCGUCAUUCGUAAAAGUACAUUCGCGUAUUAAACUUUUAUGACUGAAUGUCAGGCUUUUAUUAUUUUGUUAUUGUUGGAAGUAGAGAUAAUCCAGUUUAUGAAAUGGAAUUUAGCAGUCAAACUAAGAUGAAUUUAGAUUCUCAAGGAAAAGGAAAAGACGACCACCGCCAUCUGAAUCAGUUCAUUGUUCAUGGUGCUUUAGAUUUAGUGGAUGAGCUAAUGUGGACCAGUAAUAACAUGUAUCUAAAGGUGGUUGAUAAAUUUAACGAGUGGUUUGUAUCAGCGUUUAUUACAGCAUCUGGAGCAAAAUUUAUGAUGCUACAUGACCUUCGAAAUGAUGAAGGAAUAAAAAACUUUUUUCAAGAUAGUUAUGAGACUUACGCAAAACUUCUAAUGAAUCCUUUUUAUGAGUAUGAUUCAAAAAUUGUAUCACCAGUUUUUGAAAGAAAGUUGCAAAACUUUGGAAAAAAGUAUUUGUCUGUCUAAUAUUGUAAAAUUCUUUUAUUUAUUUUUUUAUUUUUGUUUUCAAAUUUUGUAAAUUUAAAAAAUCAAAAAAUACUAUUAAAUCAA